CCUCCCUUCCACCUCUAAAGGGACCUCCUGCCUGCCUGCAGCACCAGUGACCAGCCACGCUGGGGAGGCACCGGAGAGGAGCAGAUGCAGCCAGCUGGGGAGGAGAGGCCUUGGCCAUGCAGCAGCGGCGGCAAACAGCAGAGGAGGUGGCUGCUGGGUUGUGGAGAGUUGCUUGGAGCAGGAGAAGGUGGCCUGUUUCCCAUGGCCGCUGCAGAGGGACGCAGAGAGGAGGAGAGGACGUGGCAGUAAGAAAUCAUGGUGCCGUUUAAAGGAAGCAUCCUCCGUUCAUGACAAAUGACUGAUUUCAACAGAUCAGGGUUCCCCACUGAAGAGACACAUGCAGUAAGAGCCAGUGCUUCCCAUCAAAGAGCGACACCCCUUCAUGCCACACAAUAUCGCACAGCAGGAAAGAAAGAGCCGGCAGAGGGCAGGAAAUGCAGAGAAUCAGCUGCCUCCUCACGGGAUUUGUCUUAAUCCUUGGUGUGACCAGCGCUGAGCGUUUUGCCCGGUCAGGCCGCAGGGUGUGCUCUGCAGAGAUGCAGAACAGAGCCGCUUCGUAUGUGGAGUCCCACGUGCAGCCUGUCUACCAGCCCUACCUCACAACGUGCCAGGGACACCGGCUCUGCAGUACGUACAGAACCACAUACAAGGUUGCCUAUCGCCUGGCCUACAGGAGAUUUUCCCAGCCCAUCUAUAUGUGCUGCCCUGGAUGGAGACGGGCAAACGGCCACGCAGUCGGAUGCAGCAAAGCCAUUUGCAGGUUGCCUUGUCAAAACGGCGGGAGCUGUUCAGCCCCAGACAGAUGCACCUGCCCCCCAGGAUGGAUGGGGAAAUCCUGCCAGACAGCCAUGGAUGAAUGCGCUGGCCCAAGCCACGGCUGCAGCCAGCAUUGUGCCAACACGCCUGGGAGCUACAGCUGUGCCUGUCGGGCUGGGCAAAGGCUCUCCGCCGAUGGGAAAUCAUGCCAGGCUUCGGACCCCCCCACUGAGACGGAGGCCUCCCCUGCCCUCAACCGCUCAGGCGCCUCCAGUGAAAUGAAGGAAGAAAUGCAAGGCCUCCGGAACCGGGUGGAAGUGCUGGAGCAGAAACUCCAGUUAUUGUUGGCUCCAUUCCAUAACCUCAUGCCAUCGGCAGCAGAUGACAUCAGCACAGACCCCAUCAGCCAGCUGUUCUACUCCCUGCGGCAGCUGGAUAGAAUCGAGUCCCUGAGUGAGCAGAUCUCCUUCCUGGAGGAGCGACUGGAGACAUGUUCAUGUAAGAAUGAACGCUAAUAACGAGAGGAGCAGCACUUCACGGUGGGAACAGAGUGAAUUGGUAACCCUGGAUUUCCUAUCUCAGCACCCCUUGACCCAGCCUGCCGAAAGAGGCCACGAUGCCUUCCGCACGACGUGGGAUGGAGCCAUAAAGAGCUUAUUUUGAUACGAAGGGCCCUAGGGUGUUUUUCUAAGAAUUAAGCUGCUUGGAGACUGCUUUUAAAUUGGACUUAGGUUUUGCCCUGAUGGCAAAGUUGUAUGAGAUGCUCAGGGUUAUAACACUUUCUUCCAAGCACUUGGCCAGCUGGCACAGCAUCAGCCAGUGCCAUACGAGAGACUUGUUAAAAGCAAAACCAUGUGGUGCUUAAUUUGUUUCUGACUGUAAGUGAGGUGAAAUCCUGGGCCAAUAAUUAAUCGUGUGGUACAGCAGCAUGAGAUGAGCUGUGCAAGCAGCAGCUUGUUUAGCUUAGAAGCCUACAUUCUUAGAGAACUAUAUAGCGAGACUUUGCUCUUGCUAACACCCAGGGGAAAGUUUUGCCUAGCCUCACAUUGCUUCACUAUUAGAGCAGGGAGGAGAUAGGAGGGCUGGAUUCUGCUCCUAGGCUUUUCCACCAACUCCUUUUUACACAUGCCUGAAAUUCAAACAGAUUCAAAAUGGACCAAGUCAAAUCUGGUCACUAAAGCCUGUCCCCAGAGGGAACUAGUAUACAUUCUCCAUUUGAAAUGCUAGAGGGGGUGGGAAGAGAAUAGAGAUAAUCCCUUUGCUUCUUAAAAACUGGCUUCAUUUACACCCUGAAGCCUGGCCCACUUGCUUGUCUAUGUGACGAGAUAACCAGCUAGUUUUGCCAGUUAAGCCAGGCUUGGCUCAGACUGGAACUAGGAGUGGCAGAACAGCUGUAUUUAAAGUAGGAACGGAUGCACAUUGCCAGGUUGCUGUGGGCAAAGCCUGCAGUGCUCAUGCCUCUUUGCAUGGUUAGCUUAGGGCUGCUGGAGGAAGGAUCCUAACGUUUCUAGAGAACUAGUGAGUCUGCUAUGGUACAAUGCUUUCCUACCUGUAAACAGCCAGAGACUUGAGGUCUAUUAGCCAAGCACUGUGUAGGGUGGUGCAGUUUUUGUAUUAAAGUUAUGUCCUGUACCGCU